AUCUGCUUCUUUGUCCUACAAUGGUUAACUUGGUCAAACGUGCUUCUAGGUCAUGAAAACAUAAGCCACUGUUCAAGGUCCAGUAUGAGCAUAGGUGCUGUGCUUGAUUUGAGUUCACAAAUGGGAAAGCAUCAAAAGAUAGCCAUGGAAAUUGCAGCCCAAGAGUUCAAUCGGUUGAGUUGUUCCAAGCUGGAUUUGGAGAUUAAAAAUUCCCACGGGAAUUCACUUCAAACUGUUUCUAGUGCUAUGGAUCUCGCCCAAAGCAAGAAAGUCUUAGCCAUCAUAGGCACAAUAACACAUAUUGAAGCAACUCUAGCAAGUGCACUCAAUGACACCAUAAAAAAUAUUCCUAUCUUGUCUUUAAUUUCACCUGUAGCCAGAUCAGAGCACUUAUCUCCUCUAAUGCCAUACUUCAUCCAAGUGGGAUAUGAUAUCAACCUUCACAUCCAAUGCAUUGCAGCCAUUGUAGGAGAAUUCAAAUGGAGAAAGGUGACAAUAAUCUAUGAACUUGAUAACUGGUUUUCCUCUAAUCCAGGGAUGCUACUUAACCUCUCAAAUUCUCUUAGACUUGUUGGUUCUGAUAUUGAUAAUCAUAUAGCUUUCCCUUCCUUGUUCUCACUAUUAAACCCAAAAUUUACCAUUGAAUAUGAGCUUAAUAAACUAAAAAAGAAGAGUAACAGGGUCUUCUUGAUUGUGCACUCUUCUUUAGAGCUGGCUAAUGCACUUUUUGAGACAGCAAAUCAAAUGGGUUUAAUGGGAAAAGGUUGCGUGUGGAUUAUCCCAGAUGGGGUUGCUGGCCUUCUUGAUUCAGUUAAAUCAUCUGCUAUACUUAACAUGCAAGGAGUUAUUGGAUUUAAGACACACUUCAUGGAAACAAGUAAGGAAUUUAGAAAGUUCAAAUUCAAAUUUCGAAGAAGGUUUUUGUUGGAGUUCCCUGAAGAAGAGAACAAUAACCCAAGUUUUUUUGCACUUCAAUCGUAUAAAGCAACUUGGGCAGUUGCUCAAGCUACAAGGAAAUCACAAGGGAAUAAGUUAACCCAUGAACAAUUAUUCAAAAGUAAUAUCUCAAGGAUUGGUAGAUUAAAACAAUCACAUGCCUUCAAUAUAAUUAAUGUUGUGGGUAAAAGUUAUAGAGAGUUGGCUUUAUGGUCUCUAUCACUAGGUUUCUCCAAAAGCCAUGUUACACAACAACUAACAGAGAUGAACAAAAAUAGUGCUUCUAGCGAAGUUUUAAGUAGUGUUUAUUGGCCUGGAGGUAUACAAUUUGUUCCUAAGGGAUGGACUCACAGUUCCCAAGAAAGGACACUUCAAAUUGGAGUGCCUGCAAAUGGUGCCUUCACUGAGUUUGUGAAUGCAACAUAUGAUAAUGAAAGGAAUAAAACUUCUUUCUCAGGAUUCUCAAUCAAUGUCUUUAGAGCAGCCGUUCAUAAGUUGCCUUAUGACUUGGAUUUCAAUUUUGUCUCCUUCAAUGGGUCUUAUGAUGAAAUGGUAGAACAAGUCUAUAAUAAGACAUUGGAUGCUGCUGUAGGAGAUACAUCAAUAGUGGCAGAUAGAUAUCAUUUAGUUGACUUCUCACAACCGUAUGUUGAAUCUGGCAUUGACACGGUAGUUACAAAGGAGUCAGCUAAAUCAAAAGAAACAUGGGUUUUUUUAGAAGCCUUCACAAAAGAAAUGUGGUUGAUAAUGGUAGCAUUGCACAUUUUCGUGGUAUUCGUCAUUUGGUUGAUCGAACGACAAGUGAAUGCAGAACUAAAAGGAUUAGGGUCCAUGCUUUGGUUCAUGGUCACUGUAAUAUUCUUUGCACACAGAGAACCAAUUACAAGGCCCUUGGCUCGAAUUGUGCUAUCACCAUGGUUAUUUGCUAUCCUCGUUAUAACUAAUACUUUCACGGCAAGUUUGACCUCUAUGAUAACCGUUGCACAACUAAAGCCAUCUGUGUUAGAUAUCCAAACCCUCCUUAAAAGAAAUUCUCCAGUUGGUUGUGAUGGAAAUUCAUUCAUUCAGAAGUAUUUAAUUGAGGUACACGGUUUCAAGCUUGAGAAUAUUAGGAAAAUGAAAUCCACAAGUGAUUACCUUGUUGCCUUUCAAAACAAGGAUAUUGAAGCUGCCUUCUUUAUUGUGCCCCACGCUAAGGUCUUUUUGGCAAAGUACUCAUGCAUGGGUUUCAUUAAAGCAGGGAAGACUUUCAGACUUGGUGGCUUAGGUUUUGUAUUUCCCAAGGGUUCCGCUCUAGCUAUUGACAUAUCCGAGGCGUUGCUUAAAGUGAUAGAGAGUACAGAAGUUGAACAACUAGAAAAAGAUAUGAUAAUGGUAGGUGGCAAUUCCAGUUGUUCUCAUUUAAAGAACGUGGCAAAAGAUACUUCAUCCAUAGGAUUUCAGCCUUUUCUUGCCCUAUUUUGCGCAUGUCCUAUUGUUGCUAUUCUAGCAUUGUUAUAUAAUAUGAUUUGUUUGUUGAAAAAUAAUGUGGAGACUUUCACUAGCUACAUACAUGUAAAAUUAGCACCAUUAAGGAGAAUAUGGAGAUGGACCACCACAUAUUUUGCAUGGAUCUGUUCAAGACUACAAUCAGCUAGAAGUAUAAGAAGGGUAAGUACUGUCUUAGUAUCAAGAAAUGCAGAGGAGACUGUCAUUAAUAAUCAACAAAGUGUAGUGGCUGUUGAGCUUGUAUAG